UCUCCCCAGUCGUCUCGUUCGUUCCCCCUUCCGCGAGAUUUCGCCGAUUUCUCGCAGAGAGGGAGGAACCAAACCCAAAUUCCCCCACCUCUUCUUCCUCCGAGGACGAAUUCCAAUUCGCGGGGGCUUCUUCUUCUUCUUCGCUACGCUAGCUUCCUGGUGGUUUCGAAUUCCAGGGGCCGGAAUCUCUUUCUCCGUUUCGUUUGAAUUUAUUUUCUGUGGGGGCGUUCGUUCGAGCUGUUGUUCUUCGGCGGGCGGGCGAGAUGAUGCUGGUGGCGAAGGAGUUCGGCAUCUCGCCACCGGCGGCGGCGGCGGCGGCGCCUCGGCGGAGGAUGGCGAGGGUGGCGCCGUGCGGGGGGUCGUCGCCGGUGGGGGAGCUGUGGCUGCGGACGCGCGGGGGAGGAGGGGGCGCUGCGGCGGCGGAGGGGGUCGGGAGCCACGGCAGCCACGAGAGCGAGAUGGACCUGGCCAUGCUCGUCAGCGACUUCCUCGAGAACGGCGGCGGCGGAGGGGCCGGCGCCGGGGACUCGCGCGGCAGCAGCGACAGCGAGAACGGACUCUCAGACCUCGCCCACCUCGCCGAUAAGAUCUCGAUGUACAAGCAAGGUGGGGAUGAGAAAGAAAAUGAGCUGCUCUCUGUGGUCCACUCGCUGUUGUUCUCGAUCCAUGAGUCGGAGCUUCAGGCUUUCAUAAGAGGUCAAUGUACUGGCAGUUGCAUCCGUCAUUUACUUGUGAAGCUCUUGAGAUACUCUGGAUAUGAUGCAGCAGUUUGCAUAUCCAAAUGGCAGGGUUUUGACAAGAUACCUGGAGGUGAUCACGAGUACAUUGAUGUCCUAAUGAACUGUGAUAUGAUGGGUCCAGAGCGUAUGAUCAUUGAUAUCGACUUCAGGAGCCACUUUGAAAUAGCAAGAGCAGUGGAUUCGUAUGGCACUCUGUUGGACUCGCUUCCAGUGGUCUAUGUUGGUACCCUUCCCAGGCUGAAGCAGUUCCUUCAUGUGAUGGUAGAUGCUGCGAAAUGGUCCCUGAAGCAGAACUCUAUGCCCCUGCCUCCAUGGAGGUCCUUGUCUUAUCUCCAAGCGAAAUGGCACUCUAAGUAUGAGAGGAAAUACUUACACUCUGAGCAAAACUUCCAAGGCACAGCCCCAGAUCACGCGCUCUGUGUUGGGCAUCUGAAGAGGCUGAAAUCAUCCCUGCAGUCAGAACUUGAUACCGGGAGAUUGCUCAUGAUGCCGAUCAAGACUGACACGACGAGGAGGGGAAAGUUUGAGAGGCGUCGGCGUUCCCUGCUCAGUUUCUGAUACAUAUCUGAACUUCUGGACACGGAAGAAUUUUUGAAAGAACAAAAGAGUAGCGAAAGGAGAGGAUUUGUUUUACAGGCUUUUGGACAGUUUAUGGGAAUUAGAUGAUGGGACACUAACAUGGCAGGAGAGUGGAGAUAAGAUGACAUGCCAGGUUUUUUUGAAGGCAUAUAUACAAAAAAAUACACAAAUUAUUUUUUGAUUUCAUUUUUGUUUUGUUUGGCGAAAGAUGGAUGCUAGUGAUGAAACCGCUGGCAUACAAGUGUACAACUGAGCGUUGUUACAAGUUUCCCCCCUCACAUUGAGUUUUGAUCAUACAGAUGUUCUCCAAUCUUUCUUGUAUUUUGAAACCCACGACCGAUACAUGCUGUUGGUUGGUCCCCCCUUUUUGUAACCGUGGCAAUGCGUAAACUUGAGUCGAUGUGUGUUUUGAAAUGAAGAAAUAUACUACUCCUACUAUGCUUUGCUUUA